AUGGGAUCGGCUAGACUACAUGAGUACAAUGCUCCGACCAAUCAUGACCGGCACCACAUUCUCGGGCGGGAACGGGAGCCGCGAGAGGGCGUCGAUGACGGUUUGACGCAGCCUGAGGCAUCCACAACCUCACACCACCCGCAAAAUCCUAGCGGCCGGUUCGUCCUCUUGAAUUCGACUUCGUCAACACCUCGCCCGUUCCACACCCACGCCCAUUUGUCCACCCCCUCCCGCAGCUCACUCCCUCUCGCCAUGUCGUCGAUUUCUCUGUUCCGUGUCGCAACUCGCGCAGUCCGCCCUUCCGGCUUCAUCAGAACCCCCCAAUUGCCCCGGUGCCGUGUGCAGGCUCCGAUUGCUGUCGCUAUCAACCGUCCCAAUUUCAGCACCACCACCAAGCGUCUUUCAGGUCAACACGAGGACGAGACAUAUGAGGAAUUCUCUGCUAGAUUUGAGAAGGAAUUCGAUAGCGUGCAGGAUGUUUUCGAGCUCCAGCGGAAUCUGAACAAUUGCUUCGCCUACGAUCUCGUUCCUUCUGUUGAGGUCCUCUCCGCCGCCUUGAAGGCUGCCCGCCGCGUCAACGACUUCCCCACUGCUGUCCGUGUUUUCGAAGGUAUCAAGGCCAAGGUUGAGACCCAGGAACAGUACAAACAAUACCUCGAGAGCCUUGAGGGUCUGCGCCAGGAACUCGGCGUUGCCCUUCGUGAGGAGCUCUAUCCCGAGGAGGCAUAA